AUGGCCAAACCGGGAGAAAAAGCUUUGCAGGCUAUCAAGGAACAGAACAAGACUGUAUCUGUGUUCAAAGUACCUGCAGCCCCGAAAGCUAAAUCUAAGGAUACGAUCAUUCUCACGGAAGAGAAAUAUCUACAGGAAAUGGGUAAGAUCAUCCAGCGCGAUUUCUUCCCCGACUUACAGAAGCUAAAUGCACAGAAUGAAUACCUUGACGCGCUGGCGAAUAAUGAUGUGUGCAAGUUGAGAAAGAUUUUUUCCAAAUAUAGCUCCAAAAUGCCAAACUCGUCAUCGCGGAUCGUUAGUCCUGCGACGUUUGAAACACCCAUCCCGGAUGCUACUCCGGCCAGCGAAGCGCCCGCGUCGAUACGGUCAACGUCGAGCGUCGGUUCGAACAAAUCCACCAAAUCGCUUGGCGAUAAACAUUCGCUCGAUAGCUUUCUGCAAACGUACACGAGCGAAGACAACGACAGCUUUCAGGAGAUCAUCGAAACAGCCGACCGGAAGCUGCGUCAAAAGUUUGCCGUUCUUUACCAAGCCGAGGGCACUUCCGCUAUCGAGAUGGGCGAGUGUUUGACACUGCCGAGCAUCGAGCAGCAGUUCGACCAGCGGGAACGACCAAAGCAGCUAGACAUGUGGCGGUACACAAACAAAAACUAUAUCAUGUACACGCCCGACGGCGUGGAACUGACCAAGGAGGAACAGCUGGAGAUGGCUAAGCGGAAGCAGGAAAUCAACCACAGCAGUACUCGCCUGCAUCGGAACCCAUUCAACGAGCAAGACAGCCGGCAAGCGAUCGUGGAAGCAGCUAAAACGCAGGCCAAACAUUUACCGGAGAAAAUUGGUAUCGACGGCCGGGUCGUGGACACGUCAGCAGAUGGUACACCGCAGGUGCGUGGUUUCGGCUUUGUGAAGAGUCCAUCACCCUGCCCCGGCGUCACCGAUAGCCCAUUGUUUACGUGGGGUGAAAUCGAGGGAACCCCGUUCCGGCUGGACGGUGGAGACACACCGUUGCAUCCGUCGACCGGUGGGCCAUCGUUUCGCAUCGUGGAGACGUCUAAACGCGAGAACCUGGCAUUGCAGUUGGCUGAAAAGGCUGCGGAAAAGUCCCGUGAAAAGAAAGCGAAGGCGAUCGAGGCGGCCCGGCGAAACAUCGCUUCACCGUCGGUGCGCAGCUCCUUCGAUCGGUUGGCCAGCAUGUCACCGGCAGCGCGACGGUUGGCUACCAACAAGCUCGGAUUUCUCAGCACGCCCAGUCCACUAGCAUCUCCGGCGGGUUCGUCCGGCUUGAAAACUCCAAUCUUGAGACCAUCAAUAAGCAGCCGAGGCAGCAGUAAGUCCAGCGGCCGUCAUGCCAGCAAAACUCGGACUGUCACACCAUCCCCGGGUGGAAUCGUGCGAAGAAAAACGCCCCUUCUCGUCGGUGCGAACGUCAGUGCAGCGAAGGAUGGGUCUACGGAUCUGACGGACGAUUUACUGGACAUUCCUACUGGCGGCAAGCGACCGAAAGCGGCUGAUUUCUUUUGA